AAAUAAGGAUAAUUCUAACCAAUGUUAUUUUGAUACGUCUCCUUCGGUAUAUGUAGAUAUCCGACGUAUAUUUCGGUCUUGUCAUUUACCGUCUCAACAACCAGUGGUCUCACGUUCGAAAACGAAGUAAAUAGGUGUUUUGCUGAAAACUGAUUUGGAAGCAUUUGUGGCGUUGUAACGUACUUCCAUAAGAGGGAUGGAAGCCUUUAAGAAUUGUACCAUAUUAUUGAUAUUUAUUGUGCUGGUCGGUAGUGUCUUAAUUAGUGGAGGUAAGAAACGUGAACAAUGAUUUCUUAGUUGCCUUUAAGAGUAGCUCAUGAGCUUGCAGAUCUUGCGGAUCACGUUUUAAAUUGCAAUGGUAGACGAGAAAAUAUAAUUGUUAGAAAAAAUUAGAUAUGGUAAUUUGCACCUGCCACAAGGCGCCUUGUUCCUUCUUGCAAGUUGUUGGCCCAGUCUCAGUAUGUUAUUUUGAACAAUGUCUUUGUCGAGCUUAGUAAAGAAAAAAAAGUAAAAAAAUUUAGUUCUUAAUUUCAGAAUUCAAAUUCAGCAGAAAAUUUCUCUGUCGCCACAUUGGUGGUUUCGCCAAAAUCAUAAAUUCAAGUGCGGUUAUUAUGGGUUCUUCUGUAGCCAAAAUCUGAAUGCUGAUUCCUAUUUAUUUCGUAGAGGGAGCAGUACUCUGAACUUGCACACUAAUCUUAAAGAAAAUCAGUUGACUUGGGUAUUGAAUGACAUUGUGUGUUUUACAGCCUUAGGUUGGGGCAAUAAAGACAAGAUAAGAUUAACAGAUGUCAGUGUCAUUACAUUACAUCCUGGAAAAAUGACAAAUUCCCGUCGUACCCACCCUGUUCCCCAGUUAAAGUGUGUUGGUGGCUCAGCAGGUUGUUCAGCUUUUACUCCAAGUGUUGUUCAGUGUUACAACCGAGGGUCUGAUGGCUAUGAUGUUCAGGUAAAUUGCGAUAGGAAUUUAAUUUGCAGUCAUAAAGAUUAUCUUAAAGAAAAAUUUUCCUUUCAUCAUAUAAGUUUUGUAAACUGUGAUGCAUUUUUGCAGUGGGAAUGCAAGACAGACAUGGACAGUCAGUAUAAGUUUGGUGAAAUUACAGUCAGCUGUGAAGGUUAUGAUUAUCCUGAUGACCCAUACAUUCUGAAAGGUUCCUGUGGGGUAUGUACCCUAGUGCUGUAUUGUUUUAACAAAGGGCUAACACUUUAAGAGACAUUUAAAACUCUUUACAGUGACCAAUUAAUAUUUUAUGAACUCAGAUGAUUAACCAAACUAUGUUGUGCAUGUGAGGGUAUCAGUUACACAAGCCUAUUGGCUUCUUUGGACUAUCUUGCCAUAUAAUUGUUUUCUUAUCAUUAUAUACGUGUUAGUGUGGUGCAAGUUUUAAAAAAAUAUUAUCAGUGGUAAGUUAUUUGAUAUAAAACUCCCAAUACCAAGUGAAGAUCCAAUAUAAAUGGGGACAGAGUGAGAAGGAUGUCAAUUUUUGUGAACUCAUUCCUCAAGUAGUAAAGAUGUUGAACAUUGAUCACAGACAUAGGACUUAGGAAUUAAUUUAUUUCAUUGUGAAGGUUCAAGACUCAGAUUUUCCAAUUUGAAAGUUUGAUUCCUUGCUAACUUGGUAAGGGAGAUUUUGCAAAGUUCCUAUGCGAAAAUUGUCUGUCUUAAUGUUAGGAUCAGCUAUGGCAGCUAGAAAGGGGCUAAAUUUCCUAGCUUGAUUGCUUGAGUCUAAAAAACAUAUUAGUUGCUUAUGUUUUAUUUGUACCAUUUUCAUGACAAAUUUAUGACAUCUUUCUCUUUUGACAACCAGGCUAAAACUCUGUUAUAUGAGGGUUUUAAAAAAAAAGGCAGACCAGGAUGGCAUUAUGCAAAACUGCACUGCAAAACUGUUACAUUACAGAAUUCACUUAAAACAUUUAGUCAAUGUUGUAGCUUAAAUGAUUUUUGGUUUAUAUUUCCUAUUUCCUCUUACCUUUGCUUGUAUUCAUAUGAAACUAAUUACUAAAGGUAUAAAUUUAUUUUACAGUUGGAAUACACAAUUGACAUGGUCAGUAGUGGAAGUAAUUAUCACAAUAAUUAUCAUUCUGGACACAGAGACAACACUUACCACAACUACAACAGUCACAGUUACCGCUCCAGGUACAUUGUUAAAAUCUAGUGGAGUCAUUAAAAUGCUGACCAUAAGGUUAGGGCCUGUUUGAUAGUAUGAAAUAAGUACAUGUUUAUAGAGUUUUUAGUUUUGGUCCAGCAAAGAAAAAAAACUCAUCCAGGCUUUUUGACAGUUUGUAUUAUUUUACAAGACACUGAAGUGCUAAUCAUUUCUUUCUUUUUGGUAUUGUGCUUUUAAUUAAAUACAGAACCAUUGUGUUUGUGUUGAUUAUUUUAAGUACUCAAGUACUGGUGUGUUGUCUGUAAAUUAAACAUAUGCAACACUAGUUAUUCUUCUAUCAUGUGGUAAGCUGUAAACAAAUUUAAGUAGCAUUGUUUUGCUUUCAUGCAGUUACCUGUUUAAAAAAAAAUGAAAAAAAAGCCACUUGAAAACUAUGCACAAAUCAAUAGAAAUCACAAGAUGGAAAAAAUAGCUUCUGCAAUCGACCAACACAAAACAGCGGUGGAUGUUUUCCUAGAUCUUUCUAUCUUCUUACAUUGGAGAGCAAGCUUGAUUGAAUUGGACAAAUUGUGAGCAGCAAGAAAAGUAGCUGCAGAGCCAUGUCACUGAUCUUCCUAGAUCUUUUAUGGUGCCUCAGAUUCCAACCUUUCUGUAAUACAGAAUUUUUUAGACCAGUGUUUAGACCUUUUUGUAACAAAAAGCCAAAUUCACAAUCAUGGUACCAGAACAGCCAGUAAUUAUCGAACGCAUUUGUGCCGUACAAAUCUCAAGCAAUUUACAAUUCUCUAUCAAGGUCCUAAAAUUUGGAACUCUCUUCCUGUUUCAAUCACUCAUUCAUCAAACCUUCUUAGUUUUAAGACAAAAAUGCAGAGUUUUUACUUAAAUAAUCACUGAAUUGGCCUUAAGCUGUACAUUCACAGCACUUUUUCUUUACUUUACUUAUUAAUGUAAGCAAGGUGGCUCUCCCAUAAGCCCGGUGGCUUCCUGGGUCUCCUCACCUUCUAGCCAUAACCACUGUAAAUCAAUUUUUUGUAUUGUGUAAAUAAGGCAAAUAAAGAUGAUGAUUUUUCUUUCUAGGCAUUCUGGAGGUUGGCUUAGUACAAUUAUCACCUGGGGAGUCAUUGCCUGGAUUGUAUAUUACAUCUACCAGCGUUUUACACACAGCCAAUCACAGCAGUAUCCUAUAUUUAUUACUUGUAAUUUAUGUGUAAUUGGCCACAUGCUGAGGUCUGUAUUAUAACACCCAACAUUUUCACCUUCCAGUGGUUCCACAAUUACCCAAAGUUUUCUCUAUCUAGUAAUCACACAAGUUUCUUCUCUCAGUCUUCUAUUUAAUAUGAUGAAGUGAUGGUAUUGUACAGUUUCUUGCUUAAGAACUAAAGAGAAUAUUCUUUAGGACAUUUUUAGUACUAUCUAUUUUCAUAAAGUUCUCCUUAACAAGAAAUAUUUUAGGAAUAAUUCAACUGGUGGUCGUAAUCAAUUUUCCAGUCCCCCACCUCCUGGAUUUCGACCUGAGUAUACACCAAGUAAGUAUUUAUGCAUCCCCCCCCCCAAAAAAAAAAAAAAAAAAAAAAUAGAAAAGAAAAGGUAAUUGAAUGAUAACAAUAACAAAAAAAACUAAAAAAAAACAAGAAGAAAGUAAGGAAAAGAAGACUUCUCAAAGUAGACUUUACCUUUUUAAGUAAUAAUGGACAAAGUUAGUGGUUUACCAGCCUUAAAUAAAUGUGAACUAUCAGUUUUUAUACAUUUGACAAAAGGAGGUUCAGGUACUCCCCCCCCUCCCCCUCAGCCACACCUUAAAAGACUGUGCUUUUUUUGCUGCUAUUAGGAGGCCACACUACACAUUCCAACAGCUGGACAGGAAAUGCAGCAGGAACUGAUGGUUGGCCGGGAUUUUGGUCAGGUGAUCACAAUGAUAUCAAAACCUCUUAACCAGGUUUCCUUUAUUUAUUGAUGGACUAUUAUCGACUAUAAACUGAGCUUGUAGGAGACAUGGAUAUAGCAGAAGUUCAGAAAACACAUUCUUUUGAUCGUAAAGAAGUGUUCAUCAAGGUGUAGUCUUGAAAUGGUGAAGAAAGUGAUUUAUGAACCAGCUAUUCUUGAGUUUCAAAAUUUUGUUGAAAUCAACAAGAACUGAGACUUUUUCUCGUCCGUGGAUCAGGAUACAUGUAUCGCUUCUAUUGUUGUUAUUAGGUCUUCAAGUUGAUUGAGAAGAUAAAUUAUAACAUUUUUCCUUAUUUGCUGAUGCAAUGUAGGUGCUGCCACCGGAGGACUUUUGGGAUAUCUGUUUGGAGGCUCAGGGUAAGAGCUUAAAAAACGCUUAAAUGAUAAAGAGAGUAAUAAGCAUGUGCAUCUUUUAAACGUAGAUAACAACUGGAAAGAGAGUUUUUAUAACCUUGGGGGCUUGCGACAAACCUUUUGACCGUGGAAAUGCGAUAAAAGAUGCCUUUCAGUUGAUUGACUUACGUGGAAAGCGCGCCAGAAGUAAUUGCAUUUUCCUUCCAAUUGCUAGUUUUCUUGCAAAAACGGCUUUGAUGAAGUUCGCUUAUGGUAACGCAACUGAGAUCGGUAACGACAGCGUACUGUAUAUCUAACCAAAAUACCAUACAUAAGAAUAACGAUAACGGUAAAAGUAACAAUAACGAUAACAGUGACGUUAACGAUAAGAUAACGAUAACGAUAACAGUAAUGAAAACAGAAACAGUGUUGAUAACAGUUGUGAUUGGUUGACGACCAAAUGAUAAUGGUGAUGAUAGAAAUCACCAUCUAGAAAAGUAUUGUUGUUUGCGGUCAUAUUAACGUUAUGAGUGACGAUGAUAUAGACAACUUUUUUUAUCAUUACUGUACAAACCGUCACAAUCUUUUCUAUGGUCACCAUGAUUACUGGUGUAAUGUGCCAUCCUAAUUUUUUUCUCAUAAACAGCCGUCGCAAUACUUACUAUGAUCACUAUGAUCACUAUGGUCCGAGAUACCAUCAGCGAGGACCUGGGUAUGGUUUUGGUGGAGGAUCGGGCUGGUUUGGGUCCAACAACAGCUGGUCUUCAGGACGCUCCUCAGGUUGGACCUCAGGCAACAAUUACAGAGGAAGCUCCUCUCCAAGCUCUCGGACCUCCUCAGGUGAGCGUGAGCUGAACUAAACCCCUGCUGUGUUUCAGACUAUUUAUUUUGACUUGCAACUUGCCGAGAAACAGACAAUGUAAAGAGUUUCUGUGAAUUGUGGUGGCAAACAUUUUUUGAUGCAUUGAGUACUGAGUCGUCAUCAUAAAUAUAAAUUUUCUUUUGGAUUCGUCAUCGUAACGUGACAGUAAGUCCUGUUCUGUUGUACUGAAUGUACCACAGAAUUCCCUUUGUUAAGAUUUUCAGCUCUGUUCUCUGGGAGAAAUCCUCUGUAGGGAUUAAAAGAUAUGAUUGGUCAGUGAGCCACCCAUAAGAGGUGGACCGACCACUUUUUGGUGUGUCACACUGACAAUACCACGACGUAGAAUAAAUAUUGUGUGAAAAAUACCGUAAUUUAUUGGGGUCAAUUUCCUUUGCAGGGUUCGGUGGAACGAAACGUCGCUAAAAACUGAUCAAAAGAAAACCGUUGAUACCUCAUGCACAUUUAUAUUAAAGGCUGUUCACUUCCUGACAGUAACAGGAAACCUUUCGAGGAGGGGAAGGGAGAUAUUGAUCAGCAUUGCACAUUAGAGCCCAGCUUUCUCUGUCUAAAGGCUUCAGUUGUUUUAUUAGUUCAAUAGGUAACCUAUCGUUGUUUAGGUCACAACUGGCAGCAGCUAAUUUUUACGGCCUAAUAUUAACACUUUCAUAUAAUAGUUAGUGAUUUAGGGUUACUUUCAUAGUCGUUUACAAUAGCCAACAUCCUCGCAAAGAAAACGUCUUCUUUUUCUACUUAGUUGAGCCUUAAAAACCAUUAUCAGGUUACUAUGGGCAACGGUAAAUUAUCCGUCGUAUUUUGUUUAUUUAAGCACUAAAUUUGGUUUUACUCUAAAUUUGAAACAAGUGUCACGUACAUAAGCAACGUAAGUAGGCUUCCUCUAAGAAGCCUUCUUCUGGUAAAUAAAAGUUUUUCUAAAAUUAAAAGAAUGACAGAGUC